UGUCUGUGACGUCACACAGGUCCGGCCACAGCCCCCCGCCCCUUCGGGGCUCGGCGGUGACCACGCCGGGAACGAGAUGGACAAGCCGUUCAGAAGAACUUGGUGAUCUGAUGGAUUCUGAUACAAGCCCAGGUGCUUUGGAGAGGUCGACUCGCAGAUAAACAAGGGCCUGGCGGUGCCUUCCCGCGAGGACUCUUGAAAGCCAGGGACAUGAGACUCCGCGGAGCAAAGUGAAAAGCCCAGGCCCCGGCCAUGGCUGGUCUGAGGUCCGGCCGGCCCGCCUGCAUCAGGGCAGCGUUUGCUAGCACCAGGGCCGGCUUCCAGAAGAGGUGGAGGAACACACCCCAUCGCUUCAAGGCCAAUCACAAAAAGAAUCACAUGGAGUUAAUUGAAGGUAUCUGGAGAGAGUUUUUAGAUCCUUACGACGGCCAGUCUUCGGAAGAUCCCCCCAGCCAUUCUGUCUACAGUCUCAGCACCUGUUGUCCGGGCGACGUGACCUGUAUUGUGCCUUCACACGCACCGACCUCCAGGAGUCCAGGAGAGGUCCGCGUAGAAGAUCCUCUCGCCUCAAAAAUCCCAGACCGCCUCCUCAAAGCUGCCAGCUGGGGCCCUGCGUCCCCGGAGGCCGACGACGUGGACAUGUGGCCUGUCGAGGCCAGCGGCCCCGAGGCGCCAGGGUGGCCAGCCGGGCCGUCCGGAGCCCCAGAGGACCGGAGAAUGACGGAGGAGGGGUGGCCCAGGGCAGCCGGUCCCCUCCUCCCCACCGCGGAGCCCUCUGAGCCCGGCAGACACACGCAGGGCAGGACCAGAGGGUCCCGGCCGCCUCCCAGACUUGGGAGUGAGAAGGACAAGGGGCCCAAGCUCAUCCUCUUCAAGAGGAAACUGGAACUCUUACUGGCAGAGCCCGAGAAAAGGAAGAGGAAGAAGCAGUAUGUGGCCUAGACCGAGGUGAGCGGAGUUGGCUCGGGAAGGAGGUGCCCGUUGGCCAAAGCCAACGCUGACGGACUUGUAUCAAUGGAACACUUGCCCUUUGCGUGUCUUAAACAAUGAACACCUGGGUGCCCACCUGUUUGCUUACAAACGGGUUUCCGGUGGAGGAAAGGUCCUGUGUGACCCUCGUGGAACCCGCUUCCCGAGUCCGAGCAUUUCUUGACUUUUACUAAAUAUUUAUGCGUUGGUGGAACAAUUUUUUUAAAAAACCCGAAUUCGUGGUACCC